AUGUCGGACGAGAAGGAUGGGAAUGGCGGCGCAUGGGCUCGCGUCCCAACAUGGGACGGAUCGCCUCAGACAUGGCGAGGAUUCAAGCGGGAGAUGGAUUGGUGGUGCUCGGCCUUAGAUUUGGCCUCUACGACCAAGUACAACUUGGCAGCUCGAUGGUUGCUACGGCAAUCGGGGGUGGUACGUCAAAGAGGAGAAGAAUUUACACCCCAGCAGCUUGAGCACCAACCAGCGGUUACAGCUGAAGACCCCGAGACGAAGGAGCAGGUGGUGAUCACUGCGGCCAAUCCCCUGGCCGGCAUUCAGAAGCUCAUGAAGGCUCUCGAGGAGAUCAAUGGCAAGACCACCUUGGAUAAGAGAGGAGAGCUGAGAAACCAGUUCCACUUGGAGCUUCGCCGACGACCAGGAGAGCGCAUAGCAGAGUUCAGCACGCGCUUCCGGACACUCGUGUCCGAUCUCCGCACCGAAGGUGUGCAGCUGCCUUCUGGAGAGCUUGGGUGGUUCUACAAGUCCAAGCUUGGAUUGGACGCCUUGCGGACUCAGCUCCUCGAGACGGCUUUGAAUGGAGUUGAGGAUUACGAGAGCAUUGAACGAGAGGUGCUGCGAUUGUUCAAAGACCUUCAUGCUCAAGAUCCUCUCAGCCGCAAGCCCUUCGGAGGAGGAGAAAGUGGACCCCCGUUGUUGAAGCGCUUUUUGAACCAGCAUCAACAAGGACAAGGAAGUCCGAGCCGAGCUUCAUCCUACGCCCCAUCGAUGACAAGCUCUGCACCUAGAUCCAUGCGAUCCUCUUCAUCGACCACGACUUCAAGAGCCAGCACGUACAGGUUCCAGAAACCUUUUGGUGGCCUCCCCAAGCAGGCUAUGGUUUCCGAAGCUGAGGUCGAGAUCGACCCUGAGGAAGAAGAUGAGCUUGUGGCCGACGGUGGAGAUCCACCUCAGGCGACUUUGGAUGAGGUGCUUCAGAUGGAGGCUGAAGGCUUGGCGCAGGACCUUGAGGAAGCAGCCGAAUGUGGCCUUGACAGCGACACUUUGCAGCAGAUUGAGGAGUCAGUUGAAACUGCUGCAGAAGCUCUUCUCACGAUGCGUGAGGCCAAGGUCAAGCUCCAAGAAGUGAAGAAGGAUCGUGGCUAUGGCCGUGCCUCGCCUGCUGACCAAAAGGGCAAGAUGAACCCCAAGAAGCAGUCUUCGAAGCAUCCUUGCUUCGAUUGCAACUUGCCAGGCCACUGGGCCGGUGAUCCUGAGUGCACAAAGCCUGGACAAGGCCUUGGUCGAAAGAACAAGCAGGUCAAGCAAGUGAAGGUCACGGAGGCCUUGAACACCGAAGUGUCUCCGCCUGUGAUGGAGGAUGGAGGCCAUGAAGUUUUGGCAGUUGGAGCCUUCCCCAUGACGAAUGAGUUCGUGGCAGCUUUUGAACAGUCUCACCUCCAUCCACAAGAGGUGAAUGUUGCUGGCAAGCUCUCUGCCGACAAAAUGCUUGUUGGAGCCCUUGAUUCAGCUUGCAACCGCACGUGCACUGGGACGGAGUGGCUCAACAACUACCUCCGUUGCCUGAGAGACGCCCCCGAAGAAGUUCGUGGUUUGGUCAAAUCCCACAAGGAGUAUGAGACCUUCAAGUUUGGCAACGGUGGAACCCAAGUCAGUGUUGCACGGUGGCGGCUCCCCAUGCAGUUAGAUGGCUCCAUCAUUUGUUUUUGGACUUCAUUGGUGCCGGUUCCUUCACUGGGGUUGCUUUUAGGUCGUGAUUUUCUAGAAGCAAUUGGAGCUGACAUGCAUUUUGCCCAUCGCACCCUUCGAUGUGAACACCUCACGGGCAAGCCGAUUUCCUUGAAGCAGCUGGCUGCAGGUCAUUUCCUCCUGCCAUUGGUGCCAGCAACCUGGUCAGGUGUGGGGCCACAGCGUUGGAAGCGUUUGGGAGUUGAUGGUGUUUUGGAACUGCAGUUGAGUCCUGUUCAAUGGCUUCAAAAGAAACUGUCUUUUGGUUCAUCUUUGAAGAGCAGUUCACAUGACCACCUCCUGACAGAGCAGAGCGUUCGUGUGGGCCAUUUGGUUUGCGCAGUUCUUCGCUCACCUGAUGUUUUUGGCUCAUCGGUUCAAGCUCAAGGCAACCUCUUGGGAGGCGAGAGCGCCAACAUGGACGUGAAGGUCGGAAGAUGGAAGCGGAUGUUCCUCCGCAUGGGAGAAAGGUUUCGCUGGGCAGCAAAAGGAUUGCUCCUUUGGCUUUUGCAAAGGCCCUACUUGCGAUAUCUGCCAUUGCCCUAUCCCUCGACUACCACGACAGCAGCUUGGUUGGCUCAGGUGCGCAAGCAGGUUUCAGAUGGAACCAUCCCUCCGAGGUACCUCAAGAACUGCCUGGAGAAGAACCUGUUCACCAUGAGCAAUUUGGCAGAAUGUCGGCACCUUCGCAACCGGGUGGGGCUCAGGACAUCGUUCAUCGAAGAUCCCGUCCUGGCAGGAAUGAUGGCAGCGCAGACGACCAAGGGCAUCACAGCCAAACUGAGGAGUGCUGCUCAGAAGGAAGCCAAAGAGCUGGCCAAGAAAGCAGAAGCAGACGGAAGUCGAGAACAAGAGGCUCGGGCACUCAUUGGCUCACGAGGAGGUCUUCCUACCCUCCGAGCAGAUCUGGUGAAGUUGGCUGCUUUGCUUCAUGUGGAUCUGGGCGAGAAAGGCUCCGUGGCUCAGAUCAAGGAAAAGGUGAAGCCUAUGAUCGAGAUCCUCAAGAACAAGAAGCCAGCGAUAAGCCCAGCAAAGGCCAACACGGCCGAAGAGAUUUCAGCGAGCUCUUCUUCACCGCCCGCCAGGCUGUUCAACGACAACCCCAAGAACCUGGCAGUUCAGCAGCAAGAGAUGAGGGCUAUGAUGGAGCAGAUGUCUCGCGAGCUGGCAUUGCUGCGCUCACAAGUGACUCCGGAAAUGGAGGUGGAUCUCAGCUCAGAGCCAAGUCUGAUCCCAGACUCGCCACAGGAUGCCUCACCCGUGAACUUCACCGAGGCCGAGAUUCGGGAAUUGAAUGGUCAGGCCUACGAGGAGCUGUACGGAGCCAAUUUGACCGCUCAGUUCGGGGACGACAUUCCGGCCGAAGGAUGGAGCAGGGAUGUGAGUCGCCCUCAUGAAUUCAGACUUCACCAAGAUCUGAAACCUGGUCAAGCUCAACUGGUCGCUCAAGCCUGGAGUCAGCAUGAACAAGAUCGAAAGAAAGUGUCACAAUCUCCAAGGCAGAUGAAAGAGUUGCUGGUGGCUGACCAUGAACAGGAGAUGUUGGACUUCAUGACCGAAGAGACCUUCUUCCAACCGUUUGAAUUGUGUCUUCCGGAUGACAAGGUUCUUGCCGGUUUUGAGGCCCUUCAGAAUGAGAGCCAGCCCAAGAAUGUCUUGAUUUCCAAGAAUGUCUACACCACUUCGCAGAAUGUCAUGCGAGAGGCUGAACGAAGAGGCCACAAGGUGGGUCCGGCUAUGUCGUUGGACAAUGGAUGGAACUUCCUUUUGGCUGAGCACCGAAGCCGGGCAAUGAAGGUUUUGGAGGAGGAGAAGCCUUACUGCGUGGUGCUUGCUUUUCCAUGUGGGCCUUUCAGUCCACUACAGUACCUCAACACUCGAGGAUUGACUUCCUUGGAUCAACGUCAAGCGGACGGUUUGGUCCUGAUGGAGUUUGCGAUUGAA